GAGAUGCAUGGGUCCACUUCCUUCUUCUAACUACUCUCUCUCUCACUCUUCUCACAUUUCUCUAUCUGAUCGAGAAAAUGGAUUCGAUCUCCUUCGACACCGUGAAAGCAGAGAAAGCCAAGGCGCUGCAUCGUUUGCAGAGCAUUGGUUUCCUCUUCCGCGUAACAGAGAUCUGCCUCGCUCUUCUCUUACUCUGCUGGAUCUUCUCCUCCCUUCCUUUCGCCGCUCGAAUCUCCGGCGAGUUUCUCCGUCGUCUCGCUUGCGUCGUCUCCUCUCCUCUCUUCAUGUUCGUCCUCGGUAACUCCAUCGUCGUCGCUCUUCUCACCACCAAAUCCACCGUCUUCUCCAACGGCGUCCACGGCGGAGGAGAGGCGGAUAUCUACGACGCGUUCAUCAGAUCCGGUGAGAAUCGCGCCAGUUCUUCCGACGUCAGAGGUAUCCCGGAAGAGACCACCGUUUACGACGACAAACAGAUGAUCGGCACUGAAACAGAUUCGGCUUCAAAUUCAAAUUCAAUUCCGACGGUGGCGCGUGAAGAUCACGCGACAACCGAACCGGAGAAGGAAACGGUUACUGAUUUAGUGAAGGAUCAUUCUCCUCCUCCGACGAAGGUCUAUCGAAGAAGCAAAUCGGAAAGACAGAGACUAGAUACUGUGAUGAAACCGAAGCCUUCGCUCCGGCGAUCGGAGACAGAGAAGUGCCGUGAAACCGUUAAGCCGUGCGAAGAAGUGCCGUUUCCGGAGGAUAAUCUGACAAACGAAGAGUUUCAGAAAACGAUCGAAGCAUUCAUCGCCAAACAGUUGAUUUUCCGUCGCCGAGAAUCCCUCGCCGUCGUUAUCCCAUAAUAACCACAUCUAAAAUGAAUAUAUAUAUACAUAACUAUAUAUGUAUCUUCGAGUUCGAACCAACAAGCACAGUUUUGUAAGGAAGAGACAUCAAGACAAAGCACAAAUUUAACAGCAUAGAAGAUUGAUCGAUCUCUGUUUUGUCCUUUCGUUGUUGGUUCGAAUACGUAUAGCUUCUAAAAUGUUCGAAUCAAGUUUGUUUUUAAAGAUUUUGCAUUUAGAACAUGAACUAUAUGAAUAGUGCUUCUCUGUUUCUCCUAAUGUUCACGAUUUUUAAAUAAUUACAUAGUAUCUUGUCCU